AGAAUUAGUCAAAAUGGACGAAGAAAAUUCACCGAGUGACACCGCUUCAGCACUAGGAGAAAACAAAUUCACGUUAAGCAACGAUCCGUCCAACAUCGUCGCGGCACUAGCCCAGGAGGAAGCCGUUCUACCUGCUCCGAUAGACAUCAACAUUAAUCGUUGCGAACAGUUGGAGCUUCCGGCGCUAAUCUGGCACAAUUAUGAGCAGCUUCCGACGAAAAUCAAACUGACGAAUACCGGAGAAACUGUGAUACUCAGUGCCAAAUGGGAGGGUGGGGAAAAUCCUGUACUCAAGUGCGGUUACCUAGAUGGCAGAUUUGUGUUUUCGCAACUGCACUUCCACUGGGGCAAUUCGGCGGUCGAAGGCAGUGAACACACGAUCGAUGGAGUGCCACUUCCACUGGAAAUGCACGUCGUUCAUUUUAACGACCGUUACGAGACGCUGGAGGAGGCACUCAAACAUGUCGGUGGAGUGCUUUGUCUAGUGUAUUUUUUUAAUCUGAAAUCCUCAGCUAACAAAUUCAUCGAUCCAGUAAUCUCUAGCUUGAAGGAAAUCGUCUUCCCGGAUAGUGUUGUCAAACUGGCACCUUUUCCGAUCGUUAAUUUAUUUCAUACCUUCAGCGAAGAUUACUUCCUGUACUGGGGAUCUACAAAAGCGGAAUCCAGGAGCCACCCGAUGCUGUGGUUGAUUUCUCGUACUCAGGAGUGCAUUGAUUUCCAUCAGUUGACUCAGUUCCGACAACUGCUAGAUCAACGAAUGCGCAUAAUUUCGCGAGCACCUUCAAAGGUUUCGGACGGCCGGGAUCGCCACAUUUUGCACGUGAAUCCAUUGACACCGUGUAACAACUGGACACUUUCUCCGUUGCCUCAUCGGAGAUAUCGAGACGAUCGCUGGUUGGUGGAUCGCAUGGACAUCGAUAUUGGAGCACCCGGUGGCUGUCGGCAGUUCAUUGAAGCGUUAAGAAAAGAGAUGCGGGGAAGACGAGAAAGUAACAGCAAAUGAAAAUUAGU